AUGGCUUUGCUGUUGUUGGUUCGGCUAGGAGGACUGUCUGCUUUUUCCCUGGGGGUCUUUGUCUGGGUGGUGGCUCAGCACUUCCUGAAGGUGAAAACCUCCCCUGGCAUUCAGCUUCUGCACUGUUUGGUGCUUUAUUUGUUGGCAUGGGGGAAUAUACUGGAGAAGCUGGGAAUUUGCUCCAUGUUCCACUUUAUCCAGUUUGUGGAAAACCUACUACCCAUAAAGAAGGACCCUAAAGUGAUGGUGACCAACCUGUGAUUUGGGACAAUCCCUGUGAGGUUAUUCCAGCCAAGGACAGCAUCGCCCAGCCUUCGGAGAGGAAUCAUCUUCUAUCAUGGCGGAGGCUCAGUGAUGGGCAGCCUGGAUUCUUACCACAACACACAGGCCAGGGAGACAAACUCGGUGCUGAUGGCAGUGGGAUACCACAAGUAUCCUGACUACCAUUACGCCAUCACUUUCCAUGAUUGCCUGAAUGCCUCCAUCCACCUCCUGAAGUCACUGAAAUUCUAUGGGGUGGACCUCUCCCGGGUUGUGUUCUGUGGAGACAGCAGUGGAGGUACCAUAGUGGCCAGCAUAACCCAGACUUUGAUUGGCAGACCAGAUCUUCCCCACAUCCGAGCUCAGAUCCUGAUUUAUCCAUGGGUGCAGUUUAUAAAUUUACAGCUAUCUUCAUUUCAGCAGAGCAAAAGUAUUCCAUUGCUCACCAGAAAUUUGAUAUUGAUGAUCAUGUGUAAAUAUCUGGCCAUUGACUUGUCUUGGAAAGAUGCUCUAUUGACUGGUGCUUGUAUUCCUGUGGAUGUUUGGGAGAAGUACAGGAAGUGGCUGAGCUCUGACAACCUUCCUGAAAGGUUCAGGAAGAAAGACAAGCAGCAACCCGAAUUUCCUGAACCUUUUAAUGAGGCUGCCUAUCUGGAAACCAAACACAUUUUUGAUAUAGAAAACUUACCCCUUCUAGCAGACGACAAUAUCUUUGCUCAGAUUCCUGAAGCCUUCAUCGUGACCUGUGAGUGGGACAUCCUCCGAGAUGAUGGCCUGCUGUACAAAAAGCGCCUGGAAGACCAGGGGAUCCCUGUGACCUGGCACCAUGUGGAGGAUGGUUUUCAUGUAUGCAUAAAUUUCUUUGAUAAGAAGAUUUUCUCUUUCCCCUGCUCCUGGAACAUUAUGAAUACUGUUUUCAGUUACAUAAAGGACAUAUGA